UCAAUUUGGUCUUUCUCCGUGCAAUUAUUUUCUGCAGAGAUUUAUGCAUCUUAUUAAAUCAAUUGAAGACUCAAGCACAUAUUAUUUUUAUUUUUUAUUUUUUUAUUUUUUGCUUGUCAAUGGAUGCAAAUUCAUUUUCAUGUCAUCGCAGCUCACAAUCAAUUAGAACUGCAGAUAAAGAUGAUUUUCUUGUGCUGGUCUCGUCCAUCUCAGAAAGAACAGAAAGCCUGCAUUGCAAUGUCUGGUUCCUUCAAUUAUCACAGUAAUUAUAAUGGUGCUACAGCUGAACCUGUAGUUACACUAAAAGAGAAGCUAUCAGGCAGUAGUUUCUUUGUAAACCAUGCUCGUGUGUUAGUUGGCUCAGGUCUCGACACUUUCGAGAAAGGCAAGAGUGCUCUGCAGAAUUGGAGGCAUUUUAGUUUGAAUUGGGCAUUUGUCGAUCCAAAGACUCCUAUUCAGAGUGGGACGAAGAUCUGUGUGUGUAGCAAGGCAAUUUUCCCAUGGCUCAUGAUGCCAUUACAGGUUAUAUAUGUUGAUGAAUCCAGAAACUCAAAUUUUGACGCGGCUUCGUUUAGUUUUGGCAGUGGAACUCUUCGAGGACAUCUCCUGGCAGGCGAAGAACGCUUCUCGAUCACAAUGGAUGAGAAGAACAAUGUUUGGUAUGAAAUACUUUCAUUUUCGAAGCCUGACCACAUCCUAUCAGCAAUCGGAUAUCCAUAUGUACUAAUGAUGCAGAAGCGGUUCACCCGCGACUCUACAUUAGCAAUGCAGAAACAUUUAUCCCCCAAGUUAGAGGAUGCAAGUAGUGUUCCUUGAACAAACCACCCUUUGCUUCUUAUGGUAUGUCUGUAGCUUAUGUGUUAUAAUAUAUUUGGCAAUUUUUCAGCACCAUUAAAGCUUUUGUUUAUACAUGUCUUUCUUUAGUAUUGUGUUUUGGUUUUACAAUAAAAAUAAGGAAAAAUUGCAAAAAAUAAAAAUGUCCUGUAUUUAGAUCCCAUUAUUAUUUU